UGCCUAAUGGCAGAUGCUACUAACAUUACAGCAUUGGUCUAGAGGAAAUGGCGGCCAAAAUCGCACAAUAUUUUACGACGUUGUGGUCUAUAAAUCAGUACGUUUAAACCACCAACAGCUCAUCCAAUAAACUGACCUAGCCAUAUCUCAAGAUAAGGAUGAUCGUUUAGGGUAGAACGAGGCAAAACUCAAGAGAAUCUGGUCUGACAUAGUCGUUAACCUACUUGUGAAUGGUUCAUUGAAGCGUUGUAUUAUUGUAGUCUUCUACUAGUAAAAAAAGUUUCUAAUUACUUUCCAAAAGUGGCUCAGAGGACACCAUUCGAGUGAAGAAAAGACUUAAAGGAUUCAGUACAUUAUUUAGUUAUCAAUUCAACGAUAUUUUGGGCUCGAAAUUCAACGCAAGUCACAAACACGUCGUGGUUGACAUUGGACUAACACUCAAAACAUCCAGUUUUCAUUUCACGCUUCGUAAAUAUUCACUGGCUUUCAAGAAUUUCUGCUUAAAAACCGUGAAAAUUUACUAAAUUUAAUCGYAUUCUGUAUUUUCUGAGAAGCUACAGCCAUAUUGUUUGUGGAAGUAUCUUUUUAAAACGAUUUGAAAUGUGCCUGUAGAGGACUAAAGGUUCAGUUUGUUUACGUAUUAGGAAAUCCAAGUAAGAUUAYAAACUUUGAAGGGAAAAUUACCUGUCAUUUCGACAGUAAGCUUAUCUGUUUGCAUCCUGAUGACAUUUUGAAGUCCAUAUAUCCUAUUACUUAACUACUGGAUUGCGAAAAAAAAGUUUGCCUGGCUUUAUUUGGUAUCCCGCGACCGUAAUGUGUGUUGGACUUCGGUGCGUAUCCCACAAGAUUUGAGAGAUUUUUUUAGAUAAAAAAUCUGACAAUUCAGUAUGGCUUUCCUAUAAUUUGGAGCCGUCAUUGUGAUGUCAAAAGCUUCAAAAUGUCAAGGAUUUCCUCGAUCUUUGGAUUCGAAUAAAUUAGAAACUUUGGUAUCAAAUAAUUCACAGACAGUCGAGACAGUCGACAUCACUUCUACCAGACAAGAGACUACCAUGCCGUCAAAUAAUAACCCCGAAAGCAAUCCUACUGCUUUACCAAAUGGUCAUGCUGUCAACCAAAAUGGAUCCGUUAAAUCAAAGCAUGUUAAAGCUAGGAAGAAGUUAUCUCUGCCUGUUGGUGAUAGCGCUGUAUCUUCAGAAACUCUUCCUCCUCCAAAGAGUUCGUGGCUUUUGAGGUUAUUUGAAUCGAAGUUAUUUGAGAUGUCUAUUGCGAUUGCUUACUUAUUCAAAUCCAAGGAGCCUGGAGUAUUGACGUAUCUUGGAAAUAAGCUUUUUUCACUAAAGGAUGAUGAUGUCAGUUUUUAUCUCCCUCAACUUAUUAAUAUGUAUAUUCACAUGGAUGAGGUGUCUGAGGUCAUACAACGAUACAUGGUUGAAAGAUGCAAGAGAAGUUUCUCAUUCUCACUUCAGGCUGCUUGGUUAUUAGAAGCCCACUGUGCAGAUGGUUGGCUACCUACUAAAGAACAUGCCAGAGGAAUGAGACUAAUACAGAUUAUUAAACAUGAAAGUGCAAAACCAAAAUCACCUUUGGGACCACCCAGCAAUAUAGGCCCACCAUCCCCAGUGUCUCCUGUUACAGGGACUUCUACACCAUCAAAGAAGACACAUCACAGGUCCAAGUCUGAUGCUACAGCAGCAAUUGUUGCUUCCACUAGAAUAAUGGAGGCACACGAGUAUGAAGGAAGCUAUAGCAAUGACUUGAGGUAUGGUCAUGCUUUUGAAGGAUAUUGCCGCAGGCAUACAUCUGCACCAUCAGCCAAUGCUUCAUCACCCUCCCUCAUUGAGCUAGCAAAGGCCGCACAAAACAGUUGUAAUUGUCAGAAUGCACGGYUCUCAGCAGAGAGGGAAUUCAUAUCAGCAUUAAUAGCUGUUGGCAAGAGACUUCAGGCCUUACCAACUAAAGACUUAAAAACAUCAAGAUUAUUUGCAGAGCUUUCACUUCUUAAUCUCAAUUUACCUGCAAAAGUCAGUCUUCCAGUUCAUACGUGGGUUGGAAGUCAUUAUGUUGUCAGAAUACCACAUACUGCAGCUGUAGUACUUAACUCCAAAGACAAGGCACCAUAUUUUAUCUAUGUGGAAGUACUUUGUACAGAAAAUGAAAAUGAACCUCUUCCUUCCAAGAGAUUUGAGAGUUCUUUAAGACAAACCAGGUCAGAGGAGCACUUACCAACAUACUGCCGUUCAGAAUCUGUUAAAUUUACAAUUAACUCAUUAGAUUCUGAUGAUGAGUGUUGGUCAGCAGACAUUGGGCAGAGUGCUGCACAGGAGUCUGCACCACCAGUUAAAAGUGAAGCAAAUGGAACAGAGGACACAUUUGUAGCCGCAGCUGAUAUCAGAAGAAGAUUGUCUGAACAGAUUCAGACACCGACCAGGCAGUUUAAACGAGACCCAGAGGAUCCAUCAGCAUCUGUUCUGAAAGAGCCUUUUGAAGAGAAAGAACGUAGAAUCAGAGAGACCUCUCCCUAUGGUCAUCUUCCUAACUGGAAGUUACUGCCAAUGAUUGUGAAAUGUGGAGAUGAUUUGAGACAGGAACUUUUAGCUUACCAACUUCUAAGACAGCUACAGGCAAUAUGGAAACAAGAAAGAGUUCCAUUGUGGUUACGACCAUUUGCAGUGGUUGUGACAUCCAAUGAUAGCGGACUCAUCGAACCCAUCGUCAAUGCAGUAUCUCUGCAUCAAAUCAAGAAACACAGUCAAAUGUCUUUAUUAAACUACUUUAUGAAGGAACAUGGUGAAGUCAAUUCAGAAGCAUUUCUUACAGCACAGCGGAACUUUGUAGAGAGCUGUGCAGCGUAUUGCCUGGUGUGUUAUAUACUUCAGGUUAAAGACAGACACAAUGGGAACAUCCUACUGGAUAACGAGGGUCAUAUCAUCCACAUCGACUUUGGUUUUAUCCUCUCAAGUUCACCAGGAAAACUUGGCUUUGAAAAUUCUCCAUUCAAAUUGACACAUGAAUUUGUAGAGGUGAUGGGUGGUAUGGACAGUGACAUGUACAACUACUUCAAGAUCCUCAUGUUACAAGGAUUCUUGGCUGCUCGUAAGAAUAUGGACAAGUGCUUAGAGAUCGUGGAAAUUAUGCAGACGGGUUCUAAUCUACCUUGUUUCAUCAACGGUCCUUCUGCCACACGAGGCAUGCGUGACCGUUUCCACAUGAACUUGACUGAAGAGCAGCUUGAUACUCUAGUCAAUGGCAUGGUAGAGACCAGCAUAUCCUCACUUACUACCAAAUUAUACGAUGGCUUCCAGUAUCUAACCAAUGGAAUUCUAUAGAAAAGACUAGGGAAAUCCCACCAGACUCGAAGAAAUCAGCAGAGCGCCUCUUGAUUAAUAAUGUUUACGUGGCUUCGAGUAUCUAAUCAAUAGAAAUUCUAUUAAAAAUCCUAUGAAAAUCCCAACAGAUUUGAACAAGUCAACAAUGGACAACCUGGUGGUUGAAAAGACCGCCUCUGUAUUGAUUAAUAGUGAUUUUUAUAGAGGAUUUCUAAGAACAUUGGAACGAUAUGCAAAGGACAGCCCAGUGACAACAAUGGGUGCCAAACAGCUAAAAAGCUGAAGGCAUUGAUUUAUGGUGUCUUAUUUGGAAGUCAAGGUUACUUGAAUGAGAUAUAAAUGGCAUGACAGCCAUGGCAUCAGUUGAUGCCACUGCUGAGAAAAACGAAGACAACGCACGUGCAUUGAUUGAUAGUGCUGUAUAUAUAGAAGAUCAAAUUACUGGAAUAGAAUACAAAUGAGAAUCGGGACAUCAAUAGAUGCCAUUCGUCGAAUAAAUGCUUCUUACAGUAUGGAAAAUGAGGACAAAAUACUGAUAAAAUAGAGUGUAAAGGAUGGCUCAAUAGAUGAUCGAAGCAGAAAUAUAUCUGAUAGUAUAAUGUUUAAAAAAUAUUUUUGCUGCUUGUAGGACAAAACUUGGGGAUUGAUUCUUUUGGUGAGCAGUGCUCAUUGCAACUCAUGUCGCAACUGUUAUGCGACAGGAAAUAACUUAAAGGCGCAAUUAAAUGGAGCAAUUUCCCUUGCAACUUGUCAUGCAAAAGCGUUGUGACACAAGUUGCUAGAGUGUUUGCACUGCCUCUCGCAACGAUUUCUGCAACUUGUCUUGCAACAUUGUUUUCAAAUUGUUCUGUAAGUUAAACAUUGUAUGCUCCUUAACGCCGUUGCGAGAUAAGUUGCAGAGAAAAUUGCUCCUUGUAGUCGCGCCUUUAGCUUCACAGACCAGGAUUGCUCCACUAGAAAGUGUCUCUUGCCGCUUGCCUCGCUAUUUUGUUGCGUCUUAAAAGAAAAAAUGGGACGAUGCUGCUUUAGAAAGUAUUCCUUACAACUUCUGGCAAUUUUGUUAAGCAAUGAAAAAAAUCCAUGUAGUUACAUAAGGCCCUGGCUAAACGAGGACAUGUUUCCAGAAACAUGUUUUCUUAAAUGUUUCCAAAGGUGGCAAAACUGUCCGGAAACAUCUGGAAACGUUUGCUCACUAUCGGUUAGCGUGUGCGCACUUUCAAGAUAGAGCUAGCGUUGCUAAGUAACGAACUUUUAGAAUGUUGACUUUCGUGGCUAAACGAGGAAACAUUGGGAAGCAUCGUUUCCAUGCGUCUUGGAAGCAUGAAAUGUUUCUGUCUUCACAGCAGAAACAUUUUUGCGUCUUGGAAGCAAAAUUUGCUGCACGUAGCAAUGUUUCGCAUGUGGCUUGGAAACGUCGGGGAACAUGCGCGCGGGAAACAUGUUUCUGGAAACUUGUUUCCCCGUUUAGCGAGGGCCUAAAACUUCUUUGUCUUCGUGCUGCACAUGUCUUCGCAUUACAGACCCUGUGUCAUUCCUUAGAGUACCAAAUUUUUGUUUGCGCAGGAGAUGGAUACAACUAAAAAAUUGCAGCUACGCUUCAAAUUCAAAAUUGCGAGAUAAGUUGUAAGAAAAAUUAUCCAAUAAAGGAACUGAGUGGUCGGUAACCAAGAAUUUGAGCUUUUAUUGAUACUGUUCUAAAGAUUAUAGAUUUUAUUGGUAUUAAAGAUCAUGAUAUAUGAA